AUGCCACCCCUACGCUGCGCGAACUCGCCUCCAGCCGCGAAGCUAUUUUUACAGCUUUGCGCAGGCCGGAGCAGCGUACCUCCAGCCGCAAGUUCUAUCCUCGAUGUGCUUCUGCCAGCACAUACCCGAACUUACCACCUCGCCGCGACCCGGAACCCCACGACGAGAACAGCAGCCAUACCGGCCCAAAGCAGCCUGCGACAAGAUGUCGCCAGGAGAUCUUUUAGCUCGACGAGCGCCUGGAGGAGGACGCAGGCGAUCUACAACCCGCAGCAGGACGAGGACGGCAACGAGAUGCUGAUGGAGAUCACGCCGCGAGCCGCCAACCGUCUAUCCCAAAUCAUGACCAAAGACUCCAACCCGCACCUCGCGCUACGCGUCCAAGUCGAGUCGGGCGGCUGCCACGGCUUCCAGUACCUAAUGUCGCUAACCACGCUCCCGCCCUCAACAAUACCCGCCAGCGCCUCGCGCUCCACGACGCCCCCCGUGCCGACGAACCCGGCACACCCGCCCAACACCUCCGCUCCGAACCCGCCCAGCGAAAGCACUGUCGCCUCUGCAGUGACGCCGUCGACGACGGCGUCGACGAAGCCCUCGGCCACGGAGAUCGGCGAGGACGACACGAUCUUCGCGUUCGUCGCUGACGGGAAAGCGAGUGACGGAGGAGAGCGCGGAGCUGAAGCCGAGGCGGCGGCCGGCCCCAAGAUCGUGCUCGAUGGCCCCAGUCUGGAGCUGCUGAAGGGCAGCAAGGUCGACUUCACGAUGGAGCUGAUCGGUAGCCAGUUCAAGGUCGUCGACAACCCGCUCGCGACGAGCAGCUGUGGGUGCGGCACGAGCUUCGAUAUCAAGGCGUGA